AGGCGCGUGCACAUGAUCGCGCUGUCAAACGCGAACGUUGAGAGUUAAACAAUUUCUUACGUGGUACUUGUAGUCGGUUUGCCAGCUGCGUCCACGUUGCGAUGUCCGGGAGUGACGUGAAGCAAGCUCUCCGGAAGCUGGACUUCCCUUACUGCGCCAGGGAGGCUCUAUGCAGAAUCGAGGUACUUUGCUGCAGACCUGGCAAGCAGAUGGACCUGCAAAUGGACUUGAUAUCGGAGUUCGUGUUCGGGGAGGUGGAGAAGCGGAAGAAACGCAAUACGACGAUGGCGAUACAGGAGCUGCAGCUGAUAGAGAUCAUGAGCGACUUCUUCCAGAGUCCAGGCGGCAGUCCAGCGGUGCGCAACGCCCUCUUCCUGUCGCUCUUCCCGGCGGACAGUCCCAGACACAAGAUCCUAGGUAACCUGGUAUCGUUGGCAAUCGCUACGCAAAACAAGGCGGUCCUAAACGCAGCUGGCAUUUGGAUGCAGCAGCUGGGCUCCACCUCGCCGCAGAGCGUGGGACUGGCGAGGCACGUGCUCAACGACUAUUUCGUGCUCACGCCGAGAUCCAUCGACAAGCUGAAGCAGCUGCCCGUGCUCGCGCCGCACUUCACCGCCAAUCUGCUGACGGCGAUAGGUGAAGUUUACGAGGACAAAGAUCCGCCUACCGAGCUGCUCCGAUUGGUGGGCGAGUGGAUUGACGAAAAUCCGAGUCUGCUGUUGACGCCUCUGAUGGACAAUCCGGCAUUGCCCACCGGCGGAAUUCCAAUGACACCGAUAACACCUAUAGCGGGCCUGUUCAGAUGGUGCAUAUUGAGUCCCUUGCGUCGUGACGCUACUACGGACAACACGGAGGCUCGGGAAGAGUCGCGAAAAUUUUAUUCAAAAGUUCAACAAUUACUCAUGGACUCGGUGUUACGAUUGAAUAACAGCGGUAACAACAAACACGCGAUGUCGGCACAACAUUUGGCGUCUACUACCCGUUUACUGACAGCGAAUCUGCAGAAUCGUCCGAACAUCGAUACGGUCUCGCGCGACCUAGCCAUGGAACGACUCGCGCAGGCUGUCAGCGCGGCAAUGUCUGCAAACUGUAUUUACGGAAAUAAACAGGAACUAUUAGCCCUGCUGCAACCAUUGUCGUAUCAGCAUUUUUUGAUAGAAUGGACAUUACAAACUUAUGCAACUAAGGCGGCUUGAGAUGAGGAUAUUAUAACGACGAUGACGACGAUGACGGUGUAAUUUAUUUAAUCACGACGAUAUUCUAAAUGAUUGUUAUUUAUAAAAAAA